AUGGUCACAGGAACAAGUGUGAUCUCGAACGUUCCCCCGGGGGUACCAGGCACCCCCUGUAUUUCAUGCCUUACCCAACCAUGCGGGGCUCUGGCUGGGUUGACCUUUAUUUCCCUAGGUUCUCGUGGGAUCAAGUAUGAGUACAAACCAAGUUCAAACAAACAAGGCGUGGGCAAAGGCAAACUAAAUGCCAAGUCCAGCUACAGAGCAAACUCCCUGGAGGAGAUCGAUAACCUGCCAGAGGAAGAGGUCCAUAAGGCCAGUUUGUCAGGUUCAUCAAGAGCAAAACUGCGUAGCCUGGUCACGAAAGACAAAAGCUACACUGAAGCUAAGAGCGCCGUGAUCAGGAAAAACUUCCUGAACCACAGGGAGGGAAAGGGCGAAGCAAAGGUGGCGACCAAGAGCGCUGAAGCCAGCAUUGCCCAAAAAAGAACCAGGUCGGAGGACAGCACACUGCAAAAGAGGCAAACUAAAAAGCCAAGAGGUGGGCAGAUCCCGGCUACCACGGCAAAUAAGUCGUACAAGGAUACGGAGAGCAGUGAGAAAGUUGCGGUCGUCAAUGUAGGCUACCCGGAAGCCCAGAUGACGACCGAGAGGAUGGAACAAGUCCAAGCAGCGAUCUCGGCGGCGCACGAGAAUAUCCCUGAAAAUGGCCCACAAGUGCGUUUUGAAAAAUGCAGCCACAGGCCGGGAUAUUUUGAGGUCACCUGCGUAGACAAGACCAGCGCAGUGUGGCUAAUGGAAACGGUGCCAACACUCAAGCCCUGA